AAUGAUUCGAACAGAUAAGGAAGAGUAUUUCAUUGAGCCAGUAGAACGAGGCAUGCAAGAAGAAGAAAGAAAUGGGAGGGUCCAUGUGAUUUAUCGGCGCUCAGCUGUAAAGCACACAUUUCCAGAGGCGUUCACUAGUUUUCACUCAUCAGAUUCUAAUUUACUUGGUACCAUGUAUGACAACAUUGAUCAACAGAUGAAUGAAACCAUGAGAAGACGAAGACAUGCAGGAGAAGACAAUUAUAAUAUUGAAGUGCUUCUUGGUGUCGAUGACUCAGUUGUCCGGUUCCAUGGGAAAGAGCAUGUACAGAACUAUCUGCUCACUCUUAUGAACAUAGUUAAUGAAAUUUAUCAUGAUGAGUCUUUGGGUGUUCAUAUAAAUGUCAUCCUAGUACGAAUGGUUAUGCUAGGCUAUGCAAAGUCCAUUAGUUUAAUUGAAAGAGGAAAUCCAUCAAGAAGUUUGGAGAACGUAUGCCAUUGGGCCUUUCAACAGCAGACGUCAGAUCCAGGUCAUUCUGAGCACCAUGAUCAUACCAUUUUUUUAACGAGGCAAGAUUUUGGACCAGCUGGGAUGCAAGGGUAUGCUCCUGUUACUGGUAUGUGUCAUCCUGUUCGCAGUUGUACUUUAAACCAUGAGGAUGGGUUUUCUUCCGCUUUUGUUGUGGCUCAUGAGUCAGGACAUGUGUUGGGUAUGGAGCAUGACGGUCAAGGUAACCAGUGUGGCGAUGAAACAUCAAUGGGAAGUGUAAUGGCUCCUUUGGUUCAGGCUGCAUUUCACCGUUACCACUGGUCCCGUUGCAGUGGUGAAGAGCUCAGGAGAUACAUCCGUACAUAUGAUUGCCUCUUAGAUGAUCCCUUUGAUCAUGGAUGGCCAAAACCUCCAGAGUUCCCUGGAAUUAACUACUCCAUGGAUGAACAAUGUCGUUUUGAUUUUGGUGUUGGCUACCGAAUGUGUACAGCAUUUCAAACAUUUGACCCAUGUAAGCAGUUGUGGUGCAGUCAUGCAGAUAAUCCCUCCUUUUGUAAAACUAAGAAAGGACCUCCUCUUGAUGGAACAGAAUGUGCACAUGCUAAGUGGUGUUAUAAGGGUCACUGCAUUUGGAAAAAUAUUAAUCAACUGGAGCAAGAUCGUAGUUGGGGGUCAUGGACCAAGUUCGGUUCUUGUUCAAGAACCUGUGGUACUGGAGUUCGAUUUAGAACACGUCAGUGCAGCAACCCACCACCAAUGAACGGUGGCAAGGACUGUGGUGGUAUGAAUUAUGAGUAUCAGUUGUGUAACACUGAAGACUGCCCCAAAUAUUUUGAUGAUUUCAGAGCACAGCAGUGUCAGCAACAUAAUUCCUAUUUUGAAUACCAGAGCACCAAACACCACUGGCUGCCUUAUGAACAUCCUGACACCAGUAAAAGAUGCCAUCUCUACUGCAUGUCAAAGGAAAUGGGAACUGUUGUCCACAUGAAGCAACUGGUUCAUGAUGGAACACGAUGCUCUUACAAGGACCUCUAUGGCAUAUGUGUACGUGGUGAAUGUGUGAAAGUGGGCUGUGACAAAGAGAUUGGCUCAAAUAAGUUGGAUGAUAACUGCGGUGUCUGUGGUGGCGAUAACUCUCAUUGCAGAAUUGUGGAAGGAACCUUUACUAGGAUACCAAAGAAGCUUGGUUAUCUUAAAAUGUUUGCCAUUCCACAUGGUGCUAGACAUGUGCUCAUCCAAGAAGAAGAGGCCUCUCCUCAUAUUCUUGCAAUCAAGAGUCAAGCUACAGGACAUUAUAUAUUGAAUGGAAAAGGAGAAGAAAUCAAGUCUAGGACCUUCAUUGACCUUGGUCUGGUGUGGGAUUACAGCAUUGAGGAUGACAUCGAAAGUGUGCAUACUGACGGCCCAUUGCAUGAUGCUGCUGCUGUUCUGAUAAUACCACAGGACAAUGUUACUAGAUCUGCUGUGACCUACAGUUACAUUAUCCAUGAAGACUCCGUACCUACAGUUAUUAGUAAUAAUGUGUUACAGGACUAUUCUGACCCAUAUGAGUGGGCUUUGAAGAGAUGGUCCCUGUGCUCCAAGCCUUGUGAUGGAGGUUUUCAGUACAUGAUGUAUGGAUGCCGCAGGAAGAGUGAUGGCAAAAUGGUUUACCACCGCUUCUGUGAAAUCAAUAAAAAACCAAAGCCCGUCCGCAGACUAUGUAACCUUCAGGAGUGUAUUCAACCUCAGUGGUCAACAGAAGAAUGGGAACACUGCAGCAAAACCUGUGGAGGCUCUGGUUAUCAGAUUCGAAGUGUCCGUUGUGUACAGCCUCUCCAUGAUGGCACAAAUCGCUCUGUUCAUAGCAAAUAUUGCAGUACAGCUCGCCCAGACACCAGAAAGCCAUGUAACAGAGUUCCAUGCCCCAAACAAUGGAAGACUGGACCCUGGUCUGAGUGCUCUGUAACCUGCAGUGAAGGAACUGAGUCAAGACAAGUUAUGUGCCAUACUAGUGACAAGUGUGAUGGAGAGAAGCCAGAGUCCAUCAGGAUUUGCAAACUGACUCCUUGUAAUGAUGAGACAUGCCUAGGAGACAAGUCCAUUUUUUGUCAAACGGAGGUACUUGCUCGAUACUGUUCUAUUCCAGGUUAUAGCAAACUUUGCUGUGAAUCCUGCAGGAAGCACAUUGGUUCUACACCCCCUCCAUUUCUAACUGAAGCUGCUCAAGUGAAAGAGGAACAUUUUUUAAUGUUACCAUCUGUAACACCUCAUCAAUCAGAUUCAUCAUUCAAAAAAAGAAGUUUGUUAUACCUGAAACAGUCUUCAAAAGCCACUGUUGAUUAUGUUAGUAUAUUUCUGCUAAAUGAAAAGUCAGAUGAAGCGCAUUUACUGGUGGGAAAAACUCUGCCGUCUGACAGUAAAACUGACAGGCCUCCAAAAGUGGACAAUGAGGCAGCAAAGCAGCAGUAAUUCCUCUGCUUUGGCAAUCACUGAUAAACAUUUAAGAAAUAAAGGCUGCUCAGUAGCCGAUGCAUGGUGCCAUAUUGAUGGCUGAUGGACUGUUCAGGAAAAGACUACCUUGAAUAUCACUAUGAAAACCAUUUCCUGUUAUAAAGAUGCUAACUGUGGACAUCAUGGUGUAUGUUGCUGUUUUUUUAAAAAGAACAGUCUUUACAAAUCAUCACAUUAUUUAAGAUAACAGUAUAGGAUCACAUCUUCUAAAUAGCCAAGUCAAGUUUUCCAACUUAGUAUUCUGCUUUAUAAUAGGGUAAGCACCAGAGAUAUUCACAGAAAUAAAGGAGCUACUAACCACUUUGGCAAUGCUCUCUAAAAAGGUUAGGUAUUCAAAAAUUUGCACAUCAACUGACAUUAAAUGAAUAGUACUAAAAUAUAAGACUACAUAAAGGUUUACAGUUUGCACAUUUUCUGUAUAUCACAGAAAAGGGGUUUAAUGUGUUUGCUUGUUUCUUUAAAAUGUUUUUAAUCAGUUAGCAGCUGCUGGAAAAUAGUGUACAUUAAAUAUGGACUAUCAUUUACUUAUAAUAUUUUCCAAAUAGAAAAAAUGUGUCUGUAUUCCAGAUUGAUUUUCAAAGCAUAUUUUUAAAUGAGAACUUCAGUUUUAUACUUAUGUGGACAUACGGACAUUGAUUUACUUCAUCGGAUCAUCAUUUGAGUUUAUAUUGUAGGUGCUGUAUUGAAAAAUGCAGUUAUACCAUUGUUGUCUAUUACCUCUUGCAUAUGAAUAGUUUUUAAAGUUGUAAUAAAUGAAUAGAAACUUCAGUACAGCAGACGUGCCUUGAACAAAGUAUGCUUUACUAUUCAUACCUCUUUAUAGUUAUACGAUUUAAGAAUGAUACUACAACUGUUGCCUUCAGAUCCUUGUUUGCAAUUUUAAAGCUAUUUAUGAGUAGGUGAAUUACUAAAUAAUUGAAUUAGGUCAAUAUAAGAAAUCCUUGUCAUUCUAUCUGUAUGGAAAUUAAUGCACAUUGACAUUAAUAUUUUGAAGAAAAAGCCAUAAAAUAGCUGUAAAUCGUAUUUUUCAUUUUAUUAUGAACUCCAAUCCUUAUAGAAUUUGGAGUUAUUUGAAAUGCACUGAUAGAUGUUUAUGCAUUCUAAAAA